CCUCUGUCUGGCCGUCCCUCCUCCCCCUCUUUUCGCACCAAUACCUCUUUGUACCGUACCCCCCGGGGACCCCUGCGCCCCUCCCCUCCCCCCUGGCCGCAUGGACCGUCCCGCAGGCCGCUGAUGCUGCCCGCAGCGAGGUGGCCCGGACCGCAGUGCCCCUAGAGAGUUUAUUCACGUUCGCUGCUGAGCAGUGAAGCUCUGUGAAGACACCACGGUUUAGCCAGCUUACUCUUGAUGGGCAUCUGGGCCGUCCCCAGCGUGAGGUUGGCGACAGAUCGUGCUGCGCGAGUGCUCUUGUGCCCCUGUCAGCGGACACCUGCGCUGUCUUCUCUUGGCUCUCAUGGUACCAGGUGACACGGCGGCCUUCCUGUGACCCGGGGACGCCAGACCUUCUGCGAAGAUGUCAGCAAUCCAGGCCGCCUGGCCAUCCGGUACAGAAUGCAUUGCCAAGUACAACUUCCACGGCACUGCCGAGCAGGACCUGCCCUUCUGCAAAGGAGACGUGCUCACCAUUGUGGCGGUCACCAAGGACCCAAACUGGUACAAAGCCAAGAACAAGGUGGGCCGUGAGGGCAUCAUCCCAGCCAACUAUGUCCAGAAGCGGGAGGGCGUGAAGGCCGGCACCAAGCUCAGCCUCAUGCCCUGGUUCCAUGGCAAGAUCACACGGGAGCAGGCAGAGCGGCUUCUGUGCCCACCGGAGACAGGCCUGUUCCUGGUGCGGGAGAGCACCAACUACCCCGGGGACUAUACGCUGUGUGUGAGCUGUGACGGCAAGGUGGAGCACUACCGCAUCAUGUACCACGCCAGCAAGCUCAGCAUCGAUGAGGAGGUGUACUUCGAGAACCUUAUGCAGCUGGUAGAGCACUACACCUCAGACGCAGACGGGCUCUGUACUCGGCUCAUCAAGCCAAAGGUCAUGGAGGGCACAGUGGCAGCCCAGGAUGAGUUCUUCCGCAGCGGCUGGGCACUGAACAUGAAGGACCUGAAGCUGCUGCAGACCAUUGGGAAGGGGGAGUUUGGAGACGUGAUGCUCGGUGAUUACCGAGGGAACAAAGUCGCCGUCAAGUGUAUUAAAAAUGACGCCACUGCCCAGGCCUUCCUGGCUGAAGCCUCUGUCAUGACGCAACUUCGGCAUAGCAACCUGGUACAGCUUCUGGGCGUGAUUGUGGAAGAGAAAGGUGGGCUCUACAUCGUCACUGAGUACAUGGCCAAGGGGAGCCUGGUGGACUAUCUGCGGUCGAGGGGUCGGUCGGUGCUGAGCGGAGACUGUCUCCUCAAGUUCUCACUAGAUGUCUGCGAGGCCAUGGAAUACCUGGAGGGCAACAACUUCGUGCACCGGGAUCUGGCUGCCCGCAACGUGCUGGUGUCUGAGGACAACGUGGCCAAGGUCAGCGACUUCGGCCUCACCAAGGAGGCCUCCAGCACCCAGGACACGGGCAAGCUGCCAGUCAAGUGGACAGCCCCGGAGGCCCUGAGAGAGAAGAAAUUCUCCACCAAGUCUGACGUGUGGAGUUUCGGAAUCCUUCUCUGGGAAAUCUACUCCUUCGGGCGAGUGCCUUAUCCAAGAAUUCCCCUGAAGGACGUCGUCCCUCGGGUGGAGAAGGGCUACAAGAUGGACGCCCCUGACGGCUGCCCGCCUGCGGUCUACGAGGUCAUGAAGAACUGCUGGCACCUGGAUGCCGCCGUGCGGCCCUCCUUCCUGCAGCUCCGGGAGCAGCUCGAGCACAUCAAAACCCACGAGUUGCACCUGUGACCGCCGGGCCCCCCCGGUGCCCCCCCCCCCCCCACCCAGGUCGUGGGCCUGCGGGGACUGAACCUGGAGAGAUUGUGGACCUGGUGCCCCCACUUGCUGGGCCCAAGCCUGAACUGAGCCCAGCGGGCCCAUGGGCCUCUUUUGUCUGUCCCAGCCUGCACCCCCUCUGGCCCCCCAGAGACCCUCCCUAGGCCUGGCGCCUUUUCUCAUGGACCCACCUGUGGGGCUUCGGGAGCCCCACCGAAGGGCCAGGAAGGGAGGAGGCUGGGGAGCGUGAGGCAGAUGCCCCCUACCGUGGUCAGGCUUCUCCUGGCCUCCCAUCUCUCGCCUUCUUAGAGUUUUAUUCCUUUCCUUUUUUGAGAUUUUUUCCCGUGUGUUUAUUUUUUAUUAUUUUUCAAGAUAAGGAGAAAGAAAGUACCCAGCAAAUGGGCAUUUUACAAGAAGUACGAAUCUUAUUUUUCCUGUCCUGCCCACCGGGGUUGGGGAGACCAGGCCCCUCUCUAGGGACCCAUCGCCCCAGCCUUGUUCCCGUGUUCCGUGUCCCGUGUCGCCUCGGUCGCCCCGUGUUUGCGCUUGACCACGUUGCACUGUUUGCAUUGCAUGCGCCCGAGGCAGACGUCUGUCAGGGGCUUGGAGUCCAUUCGUGUGCCGCUGCCACCCGCCCACCUGCCUUGUGAGAUGGAAUCGUAAUAAACCACAUGAGGACACCGCU